GCACACGCAAAUAGUAGACGAGAUGUUUCACGAGUGUUUUUGUAUUAUUGGUGGUUGAUGCUCAUCAAUUCAUCAAUAUUCAAAGCCAUAUGUAUAUAAAGACAAGGACAUGAUUGAUAAAUGAAUUAUAUGAAUAUCAAGUGUUAAGAAGUGUUUUCAACUGAAGAUGAAAAUUGCAAGUUGAUUAAACAAACUGAUGUGAAACUCUAAAUGUGGAAAUGAUGUGAAAUGUUUUGCUUUCACUCAAAGGAUAAAAUGGCAAGUGACAUGGAACAGCAUAGUGGUCAAAAACGGCAUCAGUGUGUACUCUGUGAGAAACGUUUUAUUAGGCCAAGUGAGCUUAAUAUACAUAUGAGAACCCAUACUGGUGAAAAACCAUAUCAGUGUGAACACUGUGAAAAAGUCUUCACCCGGAAAAACCAUGUGACACGCCAUAUGAUAACACACACUGGUGAGAAACCAUAUCAGUGUCACGAAUGUGGGAAAAGUUUUGCUAGAAGUAGUGAUCUCAACAUGCACAGCUGGAUACACAGAGAUCGCAAGCCUCAUCAAUGUGAAUAUUGUGAUAAAAGUUUUAUUAGAAAAGGGGAUCUGAUCAUACAUUUGUGUACACAUACUGGUGAGCGACCAUACCAAUGUGAAGAAUGUGGGCGUAAUUUUAAUAGAAAAGAUACGCUAUCACGGCACAUGACUACACAUACUGGUAAAAAACCAUAUCAGUGUGAACAUUGUGAAAACUAUUUUGCAAGAAAAAGUAACCUGAAGUUGCAUAUAAGGAUACAUACUGAUAAAAUACCGUAUCAAUGUGAUCAUUGUGACAAGUGUUUCUCACUAAGACGUGAUAUGUCAAAUCAUGUAAAGACACAUGGUGAAAAACCAUUUCAAUGUGAACAUUGUCAGAAAAGAUUUGCCAGGAAAAACGAUUUUACGGUACACAUGCGGACACAUACUGAUGAGAAACCAUAUCAAUGUGAACUAUGUAACCAAUGUUUUGCUCAAAAGGGUCACCUGAAUCAUCAUGUUGCAAUGCACACUGGUGAUAAACCAUUUCAUUGUGAACAUUGUAACAUGAGAUUUACUAGGAAAAGUGCUCUACGCUUACACGCAUGGACACAUACUAGUAACAGACCAUUUCAGUGUAUGCAGUGUGAGAAAAGCUUUGCAAGAAACAGUUAUCUGAAAAUUCAUUCCAGGGUUCACACCAAUCAAAAACCCUAUCAGUGUGAGCAGUGCAAAAAGAGUUUUUAUCAAAAGUGUCAUCUUAAACGACAUUUAAUGACACAUAGUGAUGAAAGACCAUAUCUAUGUGAUCAAUGUGAAAAACAAUUUACUCAAAAAUGCCAUCUGAUGAGUCAUAUAAAGACACACACUGCCAAGAAGUCUCGUCGUCGUAAGAACAAUCUUUCUGGAGUAUGUAGUAAGAGUGUUAUAAAUCACACAACAAAUGGUCAGCUCGCAUCUGUAUCUAGAUUGUGCAACAAUAAAGAAUUAUUGAGUUUACCUCAAGUAUAUCAGUGGAAUAAAACAAUUGAAAAUGUAACACACGCCAACAGUACUAGGUUUGCUAUCAAUACUGUAAACCAUAGUAGAGACAUAUGUGGACAGGAUAAUGCUAACACAGUGUUACAAAAAUGUAGUGAUUUUUCACCAUUACUGAGUGUCAUACAUGACAGAAAUAAUCACCCAAAUGUUACACUCUUUGGUAUGAUGCAAUCUGAAAAUCAUUCCAUCUCGUCACAGACAUCAAAUUCACUAAUUACUUUCUCGGGUGAACCUGAGAUUAGUCGUCAUAGCUCCAUGAUAUUGCUAAUUACCAAAGUUGAAGAAUUUUUGACAGAAAAAGAAGGAAUAGAAACAUUCCAUGUUGUACGUUGGUGA